AUGGAAAAGCAACAGCCUCCCUCAGGAGGCGGUACAGUCGAUCUCGAUAUGCUGAAGAUUGAUCCUAACCAGCACAAUGACUCUCGUGACGUGGAUUUCGGCCAAGUGCUGGAAACAUAUGCAACUCCGAAGAUGGAAAGGAAAGUUCUCUGGAAGUUAGACAUGUUCCUUAUCCCUCUCAUGGGUUUCUGCUAUAUGUUGCAAUACAUGGACAAGCUGACCUUGAGUCAAUCAACUCUAUUUGGCCUCCGACAGGACUUGCACUUGAAAAAUAGAGAAUACAAUUGGGCAUCUGCUGUAUUCUACUUUGGAUAUUUCGCCUGGAGCUGGCCCAGCUCCUAUCUGAUCGUUCGACUCCCGCUUGGAAAAUAUUUGAGUCUCGCUGUUUUCAUUUGGGGUGGGGUUCUGAUGUGUCACGCCGCCUGCACUAAUUUCGGUGGCUUGAUGGCAGCGAGAUUCUUCCUUGGUGUGGGCGAGGCGUCCAUUGCCCCCGGGUUCGCUAUUAUCACGGGCAUGUUCUACAAGCGAGAGGAGCAGCCUGCUCGUCAAGCGGCCUGGUUUGCUGGUAACUCAAUUGCAACGGUCAUUGGCGGAGUCGUUGCAUAUGGUGUGGGCAAGAUCAACAUCAGCACUGUUGAGCAUUGGCAAUUGCUUUUUUUGAUUCUCGGUGCAGUAACUGCUGCAUACGGCAUAGUGCUCUUCGCUUUUCUGCCCAAUUCGCCAGCGAAGGUGAUUGUGCUGAACAAGACCGAAAGCGCCAUAGCCCUGCAACGGACACUGAAAAAUAAAACCGGCGUGAUGGAUAGUGGGAGCUUCAAGUGGAACCAAGUUCUCAUGGCCAUCAAGGACCCCCAGACCUGGUUUCUGGUUUUAUACACUCUCUGCGUCAACUUUUGCAAUGGCGGAAUUACCAGUUUUUCGUCCAUCAUCAUUCAAGGAUUCGGGUACGGUGAGCUCAAGGCCCUGCUUAUGCAGAUGCCCCUCGGAGCCGCACAGCUGGUCUUUCUCUUUUUGACCUCGGGGUUCGCGACAUUUGUUCCUUCAUCCCGCAUUUGUAUGAUGAUCCUGAACACAAGCGCCUCAAUGGUGGGCAUGAUCCUUAUCUGGAAACUCGCCGAUGACAACAGCGUGGGUAAAAUGGUUGGUCUGUGUUUAGGAGCGGUCUUUGCUGCCAACAUCCCCCUAUCACUAAGUAUCAUCAGCUCAAAUGUGGCCGGAUUCACCAAAAAAAGUACAGUGAGUGCCAUGAUGUUCGCAGCAUACUGUAUUGGCAAUAUCGUGGGUCCUCAAUUUUUCAUCCCCUCCGAGGACCCGAGCUAUCCUACUGGUAUCAAAGCGGCCAUGUCAGGAUUGAUAUUGGGUAUAUUCUUUCUGGUUUGCCUGUACUGCUUUUACAUGUGGGAGAAUCGCCGUCAAGACCGGCUUUACGGACUGCCAAGAGAGUUGACCGAGGCAGAGGAGCUACAAGACGAGCUGUCCAACAAGACAGAUCAUGAGAUUGAGAGCUUUCGAUAUGUACUUUAA